AAUAGUUUUCAGACACUAUGUAAAUUUUCAGAAUUCUGAAGCGAAAUGCUGCUAGCUCCAAUUCACGAUGUCGGCAAAAAUAAUAAUAGCAUUUUCUUUUCUUCAUCUCUUCGAACUUGUUAGGGUUUAUUCUGAAAACGUGACAAUAAGCAAUGAAACGUGUGCGUUUCAAGAGUUCAAUUUAAGUCUUCAUCAUUCUGUGCGAAAUUUUGUCGACGAAAGAAUAUCGAAUAAUUCUGUCGAGUGUAAAGAAACGUGCUGCCUUGCCAAACUUUGCGAUCUUGCACUCUUUGUGCCGAAAAAUGGGUCUUGUCAAUUGUUCAACUGCUUUACUAAUCAAUCGGUUCAAUGCGCGAUGGGAAACGAAACUGAUUUGCAAACGCUGUACAAAAUGGUGAUGCUGAGAAAAGAAGGCGCUGUUGCGAGUGUAGUGAAUUGCACUGUAAAGCAAGCAUCUGAAUGCAGAGAACACGAGACAUGCGUUGUUACGAGUGAGUCGAACGAAGGCUACCAAUGCAACUGCCUCUCUGGGUUCAUUCGCAAUGCAGACGGACUCUGUGCUGAAAUUACAACCACUCCGCCCCCCGGAGGAGCGGAUGGUAAACAGAGUGUGACUAAUAGUAGUGGUGCAGAUAAGGAAGGUGUGAUGGGGGCAAGCUUCAAAGACAGUACACCAUCAGGGUCGCCUCUGACUGUCAGUUUAGGAGAUAAUAAGGUGUUGAAGUAUCCGUUGACAAGGACACAAAUUCAAGGAACAGUAAUACCGACUCCAGUCUCCGAGACAGACGAGGUGGCCAUGAUAUACAACUGGGAUGUAAUCUCCAAGCCAAAAGGAGACGCCUCCACCCUCGAUCACAAGGACGCAUCUGCGACGUUGUCCAACAUGACAGCGGGCGUGUACAGUGUGCAGUUGGAGGUGAGGAAGGGAGAUGCGAAGGCCUUCGACAAGAUAGACAUCACAGUGCAGGCCAAACCGAGGAUCAACAGACCCCCAGUUGCAAUAGUCAAACCAAACCCUGUCAAGGUGAAUUUACCAAACUCAGAGGCCAUCUUGAAUGGAGCAGACUCAACAGACGACGAAGCAGUAGUGUCCUACUUUUGGAAAGAAGUUAAGAGACCAAGCAACGCCAAGGAACUGGUAAUAGACAACUCGGACCCGUCCAACCAGAUCCUGAAGCUGAGCGGACUGUCUGUGGGGGAGUACGUGGUCAGUCUAACUGUGACAGAUAGAGAGGGACUCCUCAACACCACCCUCGUCAAUGUCACUGUCCUCCCAGCCACCGACUAUCCCCCAACUGCAAAUGCCGGCUCAGACCAGGUGAUAACUCUGCCUGUGAACUCCAUUACCUUAUAUGGAAAUGGGAGUACAGAUGACAAGGAGAUAGUGAGUUACAAGUGGCAGCAGGACAGCAGCCAACAGGCCAUUUCUCUCCCGGCUGACAUGACUGGCACCAAGACACACACUCUCCAUCUGUCCAACUUGGAGGCAGGCACCUACACCUUCACCCUCGAAGUGGAAGACAGUGCUGGCCAGACGAAUACUGCACAGGUGCAUGUGAUUGUGGAGGAACCGCGAGACAAGCCCCCGAGAGCUGUCGUCAGUCCAGCAGGGCCUCGAGAUGUGUUCCUCCCCGACAGCAGUGUGGUGUUGGACGCCUCUCAGAGCUCAGACGACAAUGGAAUCAAGACGUACAACUGGUCCAUAGCUGCCAAACCACCGGAAAGUGGAGCUGCAAUUGAAAAUUGGGAUCAAGCAGUCACAAAACUAGUCCACCUAACAGUAGAAGGAACCUACAAAGUAGUUGUUCAAGUUACAGACACGAGCAACCAGAGCUCAGCUGCUGAACUGGUCGUCAAUGUACAUCCGGAUACUAACCAGCCCCCUGUUGCCAAUGCCGGGCCGGAUUUGGAGGUGAGGUGGCCUGUUGAUCUACUGGCAGUGAGUGGAGAAAAAUCGACUGAUGACGGCGAGAUUGUGAAGUGGGUGUGGGUUAAGGCGGAGAACGAGAGAAACAACCCGGCUGGAGGCAGAGCUGUGAACCAGUCAGACACGAAGCCAGUGAUGCUGUUGUCUGGACUAGUGCCGGGCUUAUACCUGUAUCAUUUGACUGUCCAAGAUGUUCAAGGUCUCCAAUCUACCGACUCAGUGGUGAUUAAAGUGGUGGAGCCGACAUACAUGCCAAACCUGAUCGAACUGCGACUACGAGUGCCUUACUUGACACUCCCGCACGACACUUUAAUCAACAUCAAACGAAACAUCGCAGUCGAUUUGGAGGUGGAAGAUAGCGAAGUCGUCAUUGUCAACAUCGGCGAAAACCGACAAGACGGCAACACCUUUGUACUGUUUUACGUCCUCGAACAGAAGUUGUCUACUGUGAAACGAGGCUCAGGAGUUAGAGACCUCAUUUCCAGGAAAUUAGACGCGGAGCCGAAGCGUUACACAUUUGAUACUAUUAUGGUUGAGACAUAUAUAUGUCAGAAUAAUUGCAGUGGCCACGGGAACUGCAAUUCGUUCACGAAGCAAUGCGAAUGUGACGGGUUCUGGAUGGAGAAUGUGAUCAGUCGGAAAUUUUUAGGACAUGAGUCGAAUUGUGAUUGGUCGGUUUUGUAUUUCGUAAUUAUAGCGGCCUUGACGAUGUCUUGUGUGAUAUUUAUCCUGUAUGUUUUGGUUUUGUAUACAGACGUGUUUCAAAGGUGCUCGUUUUGUAGGUGUUAUAGCUUGAGCGAUAAUUCAAGCUCGAAUGCAUCUAAAGUCGGAAAUGGUCGGCUAGUUACUGGAUCUUUAAACGGUAUGAAAAAAUUAAGAAGACGGCGAAAACGAAUAAACAACAACGAGUACUUAGAAGUUGCACAAACAAGCAAGUCGCUUGGUAAUACAGUUGAAAUUAAUUUGUCGACUGGAGAAAAUUCUUCGGAUGAAUUAUUUACUGCAAAGCCAAGUGGUCUAGUUGCGAACGGAGUUCACAAGAACAACGGGUUCCAAUCUGUGGCUAAAGAAACUUAAUUGUGCAGAACUUAAUAGUAGUUAGAUGAUGUUCAAAUGCAAUCUCAGCUAGGCGAUGUGUUACAAUUACACUCCUAAAAGUAUACAAAAAUUUAAUUUAUGUUUUUAAAGCCCGAGCUGCGAUAAUUAGUAAAAUAAUAAAUAGCAAGUGUAUUCCCAAGCAAAACCAAUCUAAACUUAAGAAAUGUCGCAAAUUCACAAUUCUCAGAGAAAUUACAUCUCCUCUUUAUAUCACUUGUACAUCUCAGCUUGGCUAUCAUAGAGCUUGCGAAGAAACUUACUCUACUUAUGAUAUUUGCUCAAAAUAGAACCUAUUUUAGGGGAAUUGGGUUUGGUCGUGAAAUAUGCUUCCCUGUCAUAGGAGCUUUAUGUUGUAAACCAUCGCCUUUAAAUAUAAUCUCAAUUGUACAUUAACUGCCCAACAGUUUAAUUUGGUUAAUAUUAAUUACCACUGAAAUUAGCAAACGUUAUAGUAAUCUAACUCGAUAUCUUGUGGUUUUCUGUUUCAUGGUUAUGGUCAAUCGGUGUUCUCGUUAAAUUGUUUAUUUUUAUAUAUGUUAAAUGAGCUUGAAAUAUUUUCAGCGAAGCAAAUAUCUGUAAAAUAUCGAUUCUUAAAUUCAUUUUCUUGGAUUGUUUUAA